AUGCCGCAUUCACCAACAUUGCGCAAACCUUGCAGCUGGCUGCUACAACAGAUGCUAGCUGCACAAGCUGCUGCUCCUAUUGCUGUCCCUGCUGCGGCUGCUCCACCGGCUGUCGCUGUUCCACCAACUCCAAUCCUUGAUUCUUUUGAUGAUGCUACACCAUUUGACAUCUCUUCCCGACAGGGUUCAAAAGCGGGGGCUCAAGCCAGUGCUCCACUAACAACCCCUUGGUCGGGCCACUCUAUUUCUCUUGCCACCCUUCAAGCUGCACAUACUGCCAGAAAUGAUCCUCGUGCCAUUCAGAACUCAAGAUGCCUCUACAAUUGCUUAGCUUCAAGCAUAACUGGCGAUCUCAGAAUUGAAAUCUUCGGACAACCUGGAAAUCUUCUUACUCAUGGAAACGGCCCGUCUCUGUUCAAGCGCAAGAUUGCCACCACUGCUGCUGCAUCUCUUCAAGUAUCUAGCAACGCAAUCCAAGAUCUUAUGAACCUUGAGCCCGCGGAUUCCAAAUUUGAUAUGACUGCUGUCAAUUCCAAGAUCAUUGGCCUAUUCACAUUGGCCAGUACUGCCGCUUGA